CACACACACAUACACGGCGUUGGUCAUGCAAGAAAAGCCAAUCUUCCGAUCCUCUUUUGACGUCUAGAUGACAGGUUUUUGCUGAACAGAUUUCAGAGUGAAAAACAUCAUUUGCUUGCAAGACUUUAACACUUCUACACCACUAGCGAUGUCCCAGUUUAAAUUUGACUCGGACAUCAACAACCUUGUGAGGUUAGAUGGUCCAAUCGGGGGUCCAGCAAUGCGCUGGCAACGCAAGGCAUCAGAGACAUCAAUGUGCAAUAACGCCUCGGUGAACAAGAGCAUGAAUAAGAGCCUCAACAAGAGUCUUGGAAACAUCUCACCGAUGAAGACGUCCAAUCAGUCGUUCAGCUCAAAGACACCAUCAAAAUCAAAGACUCCAAAUGGAAAAAGAAGCAAAACACCAGGUAAGACACCAUCCAAGUUACCCGUCGGAGAUCGCUUCAUUCCUAAUCGCAGCGGCACAAACUUUGACGUCGGCGCCUUUAAACUGCUGAACUGCUCCACAAACCAAGAGAACCAAGCCACACAGAGCCCACAGAAGAUUGACUACUGCAAGAAAAUGUCGGACAACCUCAACGGAGAAUUGCUCAAUGCAAAGAUCCUAUCGUACAAAAGUAAACCCCCAGAUGCUCCUGAAGGUUUCCAGAAUAACUUGAGAGUGUUGUACAGUCAGACCAAGACGCCAGGUUCAACCAAGAAGUCAAUACGACAUAUUCCACAGGUUCCAGAGAGGAUACUGGACGCCCCUGAUAUCCUGGAUGAUUACUAUUUGAAUCUGAUAGACUGGAGUAGGAACAAUCAUCUCGCCGUAGCCUUAGCCAAUAACGUGUACCUGUGGGACGCCAGCUCGGGUAGUAUCAAUCACCUCAUGCAGCUGGAGGGUCAGGAAGAGUACGUCUGCUCCGUGUCUUGGAUACAGGAAGGCAAUUUCCUGGCCGUUGGGACCAGCACAGGGGAGGUUCAGCUGUGGGAUGUUACUGCCACUAAGAGGUUACGGAACAUGACCGGUCAUGCUGCUAGAGUUGGCUCACUUGCCUGGAAUAGCUACAUCCUCAGCAGUGGUUCACGAUCAGGAGCUAUCCACCACCAUGAUGUACGAGUCCAGAACCAUCAGAUAGCUAGCCUAGCUGGGCAUACCCAAGAGGUGUGUGGGCUCAAGUGGGCUCCGGAUGGUCGGUACCUUGCCAGUGGGGGAAAUGACAACCUCUUAAACAUCUGGCCUUCAGCAACACACGGAGACCCAUCUAAAGCGAUUCAUACAUUCACCCAGCACCAAGCUGCCGUUAAGGCUCUAGCGUGGUGUCCCUGGCAGCCAAGUGUACUAGUGAGUGGGGGUGGCACUGCAGAUAGAUUCCUGCGCUUCUGGAAUGUCAGCAACGGCAACUGCCUGAACAGCAUCGACACUAAAUCACAGGUCUGUUCAGUUCUUUGGUCCAAAGAGUAUCGGGAGUUGGUGUCGGCCCACGGCUACGCUCAGAAUCAACUCGUCAUCUGGAAGUACCCAGCAAUGACAAGAACAGCUGAACUCCUCGGUCAUACGUCACGUAUUCUUCACAUGUGCAUGAGUCCUGAUGGGUCGACAGUGGCUACAGCUGCAGGAGAUGAGACUCUGAGGCUAUGGAAGUGUUUCCAGAGUGAAACUCACGGGAAAUCCGCAAAGAAGGGGCCCCGAGACCCAAAAGCCAUGUCGGGUACACUCAAACUCAGACAAAGCAUCCGAUAAAAGAAGGACAAAUAUUUAGAGGAAGUGUUUGCUCGCCCAAGAGAACCAGCGAGGCAGAUAGAUUAUGCAUUGAUUACAAACCAAGAUUGUUGGUCAGCAAUCCAUUUCACAAUUUUUAAAUUUCCUCACAUUUUGUUUCAUGAAAAAAAGAUCAUUGUGAUGCCAGGCUUGAUGUUAUUAAUUCUUACUUGGUCUUGUUUCCGAUUGUUUUCUGCCCUGAAAAAUCUUGUAAAAUAAAAUUGUGAUUGAAUAGUCUGAAAUUUCUAUGAGAGCCUACACCAGUCGGUCUUGUACUCUAUAAAAUAUUCCCACUUUUUACCAAGAACCAUUAUCAUGCCUAUGAAGCAUAAUGUUAUGUAAAAUCUACAUAAUGUUUUAUAGAAGUAAACAUAAAUUGGUUAGAAAUUAUGUCUGUUGGUUACACAAAUUUUGUGUCAAUCACAAAAUAUUUCUAUCUGGGUUUUUUUUAAUGUGAAAAGUUUUAUCAAUUUCUGCUUACUCUAUUGGGCUUUUUAUCUGUUCAGUGCCACAUUAAUGAAAUACUAUGCGUCUUUAUUGUUGUAACUGUUAUAUAGCAAUAUUUAAUACAGAGAACUGCUCUGUAGGCCCAUCAUAAUAUUAAUCGCGAACCAAGCUACUGCAUGCUGGCUGCAUGUUCUUUAAUUACCAGUUAAAAUGCACUUUGAAAAAACAAAAAUGAUGAAUGUUCAAUAACCUGCCUAUAUUAUGACCAUUUACACCGGGGGAUUUUAUUCAGAAGACAAUUCCAUGCUUGUACAGUAAUUUUAUUUUAUGGCAAAUGUUUGGAGACGAUUUGCAGAUAGAGUUGUAUCUGAACAUAAAUUUUAUAAGUUCUUCACUAAACAUUUUUAACAGUUUCACACUUAAAUUCCUUCUAGUGCCACAGUGCAAAGAAAGUGCACAGCUCAUAAUUCAGCUUAAAACAGUCAAUUUUAUAGCUUCUUAUGUUAAUAUUUUAACUUUUCUCGAUCUCGCUUCUGUACAAAAAAGGUACUUUGUAUUCAGAUAUUUGUAAAAAGAUCUUUUUUAAAAACUAAAAACUUAGUUAUGUUGCCGAGAAAUGUGUAUAGUGUUUAUACAAAAGAGUAAUAAAAGUGAGCUGCCA